AUGGAAACUUUUCGUAUUCUGCUUAACUGCGUUGACCACUAUCAAGCGAUCCCGACGCAUUUAGACCCCCAACUCCCCCGCAAGGAUGGUGCUGCACCAGCCCCAUCAAAGCCGAAAGUUCCUGUUAUUCGGGUUUUUGGCGCUACUGAGUCUGGGCAGAAAGUAUGCGCUCACAUACAUGGCGUCUUUCCCUACCUUUAUCUAGAGUAUUUUGGAGACUUGGCUUCCGAACAAGUUAAAGUUGCAAUUCGUAGCCUUCACGUAUCGAUUGAUCAUGCGCUAGCAGUUAGCUAUCGGCGUACCGAAUAUAACUCUGGCACUGCGUACGUUGCUCACAUAAGCUUAGUGAAAGGGAUACCUUUCUAUGGAUACAAUGUUGGAUAUAAAAUUUUCUUCAAGAUAUACUUGCUUAACCCCCUGCAUAUAACUCGACUGGCCGAUCUUUUACUCCAAGGGGCUAUUUUAAAACGAGUACUUCAACCAUACGAGAGUCAUUUGCAAUUUAUUCCUCAGUGGCUGUGCGAUUACAAUUUAUAUGGAUGCUCGUAUAUCAACUGUUCUACAGUCACCUUUCGAGGACCAGUACCUGCAUUUUCUGAGUUGGAAGACCAGCGCCAUGGCUGGCACGACCAGAGCAUCCCUACCGAUUUGAUAUCCGAUGUUGCUCUGUUUCCAAAGCAGAGCCAUUGUUCGCUAGAAGUGGAUAUACAAGUACAAGAUAUCCUCAACCGUCAUGAAGUUCAGGAGCGAACUCUGCAUCUGGACCUAUUUGAAUGCCAGAACAUCAUAUCGCCAGACAAGAAGCUGCUUCCCAGUUUGGCUAGCCUUUGGGAGGACGAAAAACGAAGAAGGAAAGCGGCAAAUGGAUCUGCAGAUCAGACUGUUGCGUCUUUUUCUUCCGCAGAUCUGAUGCCUGUAUCAGCAGACCAACGAAGCACAGGAGCCGGUUGGGUUCAUGAGGAAGAAUAUAAAGCUAAAAUAAAAGAAAUUAUUAUAAUGGAGGGAAACAAAGGCUCCCUUCACCCUAAUGCGCCAUCGUUAUCUUUUGGAUUAAAUAUUGCAUCGGCUUUGGAAAGCGUCGAAGAGUUAUUCCCGCAUAAACUUAAAGCAACUUUUGACAAUUUAGAUACAACCGCUGACGAAUUAGUGCCUAAAAUUGAAGUCGACGAGGCUCGUAUCUUGUCUCUCGACCCUGAAGGUCUAUCUAGUUUCAAUGAAGAUGCUAACGGCCCAGAUUCUGGUGCCAGUAUUCUCGAGAAUGCUGAGCCCACAGAACCUGACUCUCGCCUUUUGGGCAGUCAAUUUCCUCAGGCGGAUUCCCCAGAACCAUAUCACAAAGAUCCGAAUUACUCUAGUACCAAGGAUCUUACUAUUGCGGAACUGAAAGCAAUGGGUGUCCACAAAUCAUCAGAGGCGAUAGACAGCAAGGAAGACAUGUUUGAAAUUGGAGAUGAAUUCAUAAGCAAACUAAAAUCUAACUUAACAAAACGGUCACUAUUCAGCGGCACCGUGCCUCAGCCGCCGAAAAAGAAAUCAAAAUUAAUGGCUGAGAGCUACCGAAAGGAUAUUCCAUCUCAGGGGCCUUCAGCUAGUAAUCCCGAACACUCACAGCCUACCAUUUCUACUGCUUCCAAUUCCUUGCCUCGAGCAAACCUAUCCCAGAGGUCGAUCAGGAACGGGAAUAGUCAGAAGUUAUGCUUCCCUGUUGUGAAGGACCCAAAUGACCCUGCUACAAUCAUGAGAGCUAGCCAACAAAACAGUUCACAAAGGCUGACUUGUUUGAAACUCAAUGAUUCACAACCACCUCACAUUAACAUUAUAUCAGACAUAGGUCUACCUUUAGAAGACUCAAAGUCGCCUCCACAUUUUGGUAUUGGCGAAGCAUUCCGUCAUAGACCAGGAAAAAUAUUUUUUUUCUCUUCCCCCAGCCCUUCAUCAUCUGACAUUCGAAACACGAUAAAUGAAGACUCACGCCCAACUGUUGUCUACCAAGGGGCUUAUUAUAGCAAUGAAGAAGAUGUACCAGAUCGUCCUCGGGAAUAUGGAGGCAGGGAGUUCAAACUAGAAAGCAACACUGUGCCUUACCUUCCUAUGUUUGAUCCAACUGGUCAAUCCCUUUUGCCCAACGGCCCUGUACAGACAUCUGUUUUUGACCGUGACACUUUGGAAAGUGUUAACAACCAUCUUCGAAAAGGCUGCUCACUCCGCCGCUGGGAAUUUGCUCCCAUGCCGCCCUCCCGCUCCGAGGUUGUUGAAUGGUGCAAAGAUCAAGAUUCUAAAAAGCUCCCACUGCCGCCCCCUAUUAUCAAAAAACCUAUACAGGUGGGAAUUUCCCAGAUACAGGCUACCACUCAACAAAAUCCACAUGGGUUCAAGUACUCCUUGAAAAAACCAUCACAUAAUGUGCGACACGAAUCUAAUUAUAUGAGUGUUAUGAGCCUCGAAGUACAUGCGAACAGCCGAGGCACACUUGCGCCUCACCCCGAGGAGGAUGAAGUAUCCUGUAUCUUUUGGUGUUUCCAAGACGGAGAUUGCCCACCAAAUAAGGCAUCUAAGGAGGGCAUCCAGGUUGGGGUGCUCGCUCUUUCAGCCCACCAAAAGAUUGCAACCAAAGUUCAUCGUGAUACCGAUGCUGAAAUCGAAGAAGAGUCUUCAGAGCUUGACGUUCUUACAAGGCUGGUAGACAUAGUGCGGUUUUACGACCCAGAUAUUCUAACCGGCUACGAGGUCCACAAUAGUUCCUGGGGCUAUCUUAUUGAACGUGCAAGGGUGAAGUAUGAUUAUGACCUCUGCGAUGAGCUAUCUAGAGUAAAAUCGGAUGGCCAUGGGCGAUUCGGUAAGGAAUCCGACCGGUGGGGGUUCAACCACACGUCAACCAUUCGAGUCACUGGCAGGCACAUGAUUAAUAUCUGGAGAGCGAUGAGAGCAGAGCUAACUCUACUCCAGUACACCUUAGAGAACGUUGCUUUCCAUUUACUUCAUCGAAGGAUACCACACUACUCCUUCCAAGAGCUAACUAAAUGGUUUGAAAGUAGUAAACCUCGAGAUCUUGUGAAGAUUGUCAACUAUUUUGUAAAACGGACAAAGCUCAAUCUAGACAUUCUUGACGCAAACGAGUUGAUACCAAGAACAAGUGAACAAGCAAGAAUUCUUGGAAUUGAUUUUUUCUCUGUGUUUUCUCGGGGAUCGCAAUUCAAGGUAGAAUCAUUGAUGUUCCGCAUUGCGAAACCCGAAAAUUUUCUUUUGAUAUCCCCAAGCAGAAACCAGGUUGGCCAACAAAACGCUCUGGAAUGCUUGCCGCUCGUUAUGGAACCCCAGAGUGAUUUCUAUACCAGCCCAUUAUUGGUGCUGGACUUCCAGUCGCUCUACCCUAGUGUGAUGAUUGCGUACAACUACUGUUACUCAACAUAUCUGGGUAGGGUCGUUGAUUGGCGAGGCCGAAAUAAAAUGGGAUUUAUUGAUUAUGAAAGACAAAGUGGUUUACUAGAUAAAUUUCAAGAUCAAAUCAAUGUUGCCCCCAAUAGUAUCAUGUACACCAAGCCGGAAGUCCGCAAAUCUCUCCUAGCUAAAAUGCUUACAGAGAUUCUUGAGACGCGGGUCAUGGUGAAAAACGGCAUGAAAGCCAAUAAAGACGAUAAGACACUGCAGCGUUUGCUCAAUAAUCGACAGCUUGCAUUGAAACUGAUCGCCAAUGUCACAUAUGGCUACACAUCGGCGUCCUUCUCAGGCCGGAUGCCUUGUGUUGAAAUCGCCGACAGUAUUGUCCAAACCGCCCGAGAGACUUUGGAGAGGGCCAUCGCGAAAAUCCAUUCCGUAAAAAGAUGGGAUGCAGAAGUUGUUUACGGCGAUACCGACAGCCUGUUCAUCUACCUCAAAGGUCGCAGUAGAGAUGAGGCGUUUGACAUUGGUGAAGAAAUUGCAAGAACCAUAACGGACUCCAACCCUCGCCCUGUGAAGCUUAAAUUUGAGAAGGUAUAUCACCCAUGCAUCCUUUUGGCUAAAAAAAGAUAUGUUGGUUACAAAUACGAAACGCGCAGCCAGUCAAAGCCAGAGUUUGAUGCGAAAGGUAUUGAGACAGUUCGGCGUGAUGGGACCCCGGCGGAGCAGAAGAUCGAAGAGAAAGCGCUCAAAGUUCUGUUCGAAACGGCCGAUCUCAGCCGAGUAAAGCGGUAUUUUCAGAAACAAUGCAGCAAGAUUAUGCAAGGCAGGGUGUCGAUUCAGGAUUUCUGCUUUGCCAAAGAAGUAAAACUAGGCACAUACAGCGAGAAGGGAGCGCCGCCGCCAGGGGCCCUCAUCAGCGCUAAGCGAAUGCUGGAAGACCCAAGACUCGAGCCGCAGUAUGGCGAGCGGGUUCCCUACGUCGUAGUCUCGGGAGCUCCAGGAGCACGGCUGAUAGACCGUUGCGUGGCGCCUGAAUAUCUGCUCCGCGACCCACAUAUGGAAUUAGACGCGGAAUACUACAUCUCCAAGAACCUCAUCCCGCCCCUUGAACGAAUCUUCAACCUUGUUGGGGCCAACGUCCGCCAAUGGUACGACGAAAUGCCCAAGUAUCAGCGGAUGCGACGCACUGACGGCGCCAUCAUCCCGGCCGGCAAAGACGGAACUCUAUCGCGACGAACGCUAGAGGCAUACAUGAAGUCCUCGUCCUGUGCGGUGUGCCGCGAGAAGGCGGACAGCGAGCAGCCAGUCUGCAGCCGUUGCCUGCAACAGCCUCAAAUCGCUCUCAUGCGACUCCGGUACCGAGCACAGCAGACGGCCGAAAAGGCGGCGGGCCUGCAUGAUAUCUGCCGGUCCUGUAUGGAAGUCCCAUGGGGGGACGACGUCAAGUGCGAUAGCAAGGACUGCCCUGUGUUCUAUUCGAGGACCCGGGCAACGGCCAAUCUUGGACACACGCAGUCUUUGUUGGACCCGAUCGCCGACCUGCUCGGGGACCAGAGUGAAAACGGACCCCUGUCGUGGUAG